AUGACAAACGAAAGCACAAAUGUCGCUGAGCGGCUCAAAGUGGGUCCGCGUGAAAAUGUCACUUAUCCUAUAGUCAUGAAAUAUUGCGGACACUGCACCAUGCCGAUAGAGUACUGUGAAUACUAUCCGGAGUACGAUAAAUGCAAGGACUGGCUGGAACGCAAUCUGCCCGAUGAUUUCGAGCGUCUUAAAAUAGAGGAAGAGCAGGCUGCGGCAGAUGGCACAGAUGACGACAAGAAGCGUCAGAAGCGUGGCGGCAAGGGGCUGCUGCGUGUCAAAAAGAAGGAGGAUGUCCCCAAACGCAUAUGUGUAUCACGUGCUGCCCGCGGCAAGAAGAAGUCUGUAACAGUGGUUACCGGACUGAGCACCUUUGAUAUUGAUCUCAAAGUGGCUGCUAAGUUUUUUGGAACGAAGUUCGCUUGCGGAUCGUCAGUAACUGGCGAUGAUGAAAUUGUCAUACAGGGCGAUGUGAAGGAUGACUUAUUUGACGUCAUUCCCGAUAAAUGGGCCGAAAUUGAUGAAGACGUCAUCGAGGAUUUAGGCGACCAGAAGCGUUAAUCUAAAAUCAUAGAACCAAUAGACAUUUUCGUCCUGUUUAAGAAAUGUGCUUAUUUUAUACGCAAGUUACAUCAAAUAUUAAAAAGAUUUAAACUCUAGUUAUCCCUGCGCCUGGCUGGGUUGCAACUGA